AUGGUGUUCACAGUGUGGUUGUGUCCUCUGGUACUAGCCUCAGCUUUUGUAUGGACAGUGGCACCUUCUCCACCUUACCAAGUAUGUGAUUUUUCUGACGGAAAAUGGGUCAUUGAUGAAGCCUCCUCCCACCCUCUCUAUGUUGCUUCAAGGGACUGCCCUUUCAUUGGCCAAGGAUUUGAUUGCCUAAGAAAUGGCAGACCUGAUAAGGAGUACCUCAAGUAUCGAUGGAAGCCCUCUGGUUGUGAUCUUCCAAGUUUUGAUGGUAAGAAGUUCUUGGAGAGAAACAAAGGGAAGAAGAUAAUGUUUGUGGGGGAUUCCAUAAGUAACAAUAUGUGGCAGUCACUCACUUGUUUGCUUCACGUUGCAGUCCCAAACUCACCUUACACUUCAACUACACAAACACAGCAACUUUCUGUGUUCUCAUUUCCGGAGUAUAAAGCUUCAAUCAUGUGGUUGAAAAAUGGGUUCUUAGUGGAUUUGGUUAUUGACAAAGAAAAAGGCAGGAUUUUGAAGUUGGACACCAUCAGCUCUGGGGACCAGUGGAAAGGAGUUGAUGUUUUGAUUUUCAAUUCUUACCAUUGGUGGACUCACACAGGACAUUCUCAAGCGUGGGAUUACUUUCAAGUGGGGAGUCAAUUAAUCAAGGACAUGGAUCACAUGGAAGCUUUCAAGAUUGGCCUCACCACUUGGGCUAAAUGGGUAGAUUCUAACAUUGACCCUUCAAAGACUACAGUUUUGUUUCAGGGCAUUGCUGCUUCCCAUGUUGACAAAAAGGGGUGCCUAAGACGAACUCAGCCAGAGGAAGGGUCAAUGCCAGCAUAUCCUGGUGUAGACAUUGUGAAGAAAGUUAUAAGUAACAUGAGAAAUCCUGUGCAAUUGCUAGACAUCACUCUGCUCACACAAAUGAGGAGGGAUGGUCACCCCUCGAUCUACACAGGGCGUGGCACUUCUUUUGAUGACUGCAGUCACUGGUGUCUGGCUGGUGUUCCUGAUGCUUGGAAUGAAAUUUUGUAUGCUCUUCUGUUUGGAAAUUAG